AUGUCUUCCGAGGAAGACGACUCUUUCGCGGAGACCUACCGAUCGUACAAGAUCUCAACCGACUACUUCUUGGACUGGCUCUGGUCCCAGCAUGAAGGCCUCAUUCCGAAGCCAGCCAAAGUCCCCAGAACCACGAAGGGCAUGCUGACAGCUGCGAAGGCUCUGGCACAGACCUUGAAGAAAAACAAGCACAGUGUCCCCGCCUCCAUCAUCAAUUCACUCCGCAACGCCAUCUUGAAGCGUCGGGAGGCUCUUGCGAUUUACGAAGAACUGGGUGCCGAUGAUGUCAAUCACGGAGUGUUCAUCCAAAGGCUUGAACAGACCUUGUCAAUUCUGACUCCUUUCAUGGCCACGUCCCUUGCCCCAGCUGCUGUGGCUAUCGAUACCGACAAGGGCUACAAUACCAACGCGUUUGCUUCACUUGCCACUCUCGCCGACGACCUUGAUAGUGAUAGCCUCGACCCUACCUCAACAAUUUCCAAGCGCGCCUUUUUGCCGCCCCAAGGUCUAUAUGCCGUCGUGGCACCAUUUGAGUCUAUGCUCGAGGACGACGAACUCAGUGAGCUUGCGGAAGUAAUUGCCAUAGUUCAACAUCUGGAAAAGUUCAAGUCUCAGCCCAAGCUCGCCGCCGGUUUCGGAAUCUCUGACAUGUCCGGUGCAAUCCACUUCUGCGUCAUUUCGAACGCUAUCAACAAUCACCACAGCAUGUCGAAGCUCUCUGAAGAUCUUGCGAAUAAGCUGAAGGUGAAGCUGGGUAUGGACCAUGAACUCAUGUCGCAUGACCCGUCUCUUCUCCUUCCGCUGAGAGACCCACCAACCGAGAUGCUGAAGCCUGAUCGUGAUGCUGAACCGCUCCGAAUAUGGGCUGUCGUUGAGAUAUUCAAGAACAUCAAGAGAGACGUCAUUCAAGGGCGCGCGAUCUCGGGUUUAAAAAGCUGGGAUCAGGUACUUGACUGUCCCUCUGAACUCAUUCUGCCCCUGGCUCUGGAAAAUAUUUCCGACCCGCACAAUUCCGCAUCUCUGGAGCUGGCUCUCGGUAUGGACAUAUUUCUUUCUAGCUAUGAGGCAUUUCUGUGGGCGGACGGCAAGCAAAACAAGCAGAACUGCCGUUUACAAUCACUUUUGUUGGCAAAGGACAUGCAGAAGAGCAUCCUUUCGUCCAUCGGCAGCUUGGAGAAGCUAGCUUUUGACCUGAGCUACUACAGCAUGCCUAUUGUAUUCCAGAAGGAGCUUUAUGACCAACUAGAUGCAUACCUCCGCGAGAAAGCAUUUGACCUCUAUCACCAGGCCCCCUGGACUGCAGGAGGUCACAUGCUGGAGAUGCUUUACAAAGCCGGAAGCGCAGGCGCGGCACUUUGCUUCGCCACAGAGUUUGUCCCAAGCACUCUUCAUCUUUACAAUGCUCUCACACGGUCAGCCUUCGGCAUGAAAAAGAUUCAACUGAUGGAAGAUCUUUGUGAUCUUACCGUCAACACAGUCUUCCUCGGCAGCAGACCCACACAUAAUUACGUUUCUCACUAUCGCAGAGCUGUGUGGGGCACUAAGAGGAGUAACAAAGGGGUUCCAGGCGACGCCCACAAUGCUGGAUCCCAGUUUCAUCGCGAGCUGAUCCAGACGGUCAGAGUUGGACAACUCGAGACCGUCUUCCGACACCAGAUUGCCAACGACUACGUCAUGCAUCCCGAAUACUUGGCGAUGGUCUUCGGAGAAAGUCCUGACCUCGCACGUACCGAACCGGUGCGAUCAAGGAUCAGAGGCAUGGCAGGCAAAUCGAAUGUGUUUGACAUUAUGGACAAGUCCAAGAAACUCGUGCUACCAGAGUUUCGAGGCCGUCUUCCGACUGCAAGGCUCGACAUGUUCAAAGUCUUCACUACUUGCGUCGCAGUACUGGAGAGAUUCAGCAUCAUCGUGCAGGGACAGCAUAACGGCGGGGGCGUCGAAUUCCACUUGGUUGCAGACAACCACAUUGUGAAGGGAUCUGGCUUGGUUGAUGUCGUGCUUGGGUUCAUUCUACAGUUCUCCGGAGACAAACACAAGGAGAAAAUACUUCAGAAUCUCUCGCUUCCCACGGCUGCAGCAUGGGCGUUCUUCAUAGAGGUGGAUCAAGGCGCCAAGCUGGAGGACUAUUUGUGGAACAUCUGA